AAAUUCCCUCCCGGCUCUCUUCUGGAGAGUUGAUUGGAGUGCAGGCUGGCUUCCUAGAGACCAUCACACUCCUCCCCUCAGAAAGACCAAUAGGAUUCUGUAGCUGUUCAUUGGCUGCCUCUGUUGAGGAGCGAGUAAAUAGGAUUUGCAGACAAUGUGACAGCUGUGCUGGGGGUGCCCUAUAAAUUAAAGGGAGGGCAGAAGGAGGGAAAUUUGAAAAUAUUCUCGGAGAGACAAGAUGAGCCUGGAGGCGGCAGAUAGAAAAGCUUCAUGGAUGACGACAGGGGCACCCAGGGAAUGCAGCUGGAAGAAACCACAUCUGGAACAGCCAAAACGUCUGGUCUACAAAAAGCACGACAAACAGCUUCCUAGUCAAUUCCUCUAGUGAUGCAGGAAUUCUUCAUCUGCAGAUCAUCAAACCGCUAAUGGAGAAGAAGCGAAGGAAUCGAAUUGCCCAGUCUCUCAACCAACUGAAGGCUCUCUUACUAGGUGGCCCCAGCCCAGGUAACAAGCCUCUUCCUAAUUCUCGCAUGGACAAGGCAGCUCUUCUAGAAAUGACUGUGCAGCGGAUUCAAACAUUGCAGCUAGCAGUGGCAGAGGACAAGGGCUUUCAUACAGGAUACUCCUACUGUGCCUCUCUUGUCCAAGCCUUCCUCAUUUCAGAGACACAGCGGUAUCUGAAUGCUGUCAGUCAGUCAAGCUCUUCAUCCAGACGCCCCUCUGGGACUUCACUGGCAAUUUCUCCACCCGCAUCUAAGCUAGGAAAGGUCUCCAGCUGGAGUGAAAAGUGCCUGGCUUCCCCUGGCUUUAGGUGUUUUGAAAGGUCUGUCCCUUCUGGGAUCCUGAACAGAACAGGGUCCCAGGUAUUCUGGAGACCCUGGUCUACUUGAACCUCUUUUAACCUAUAUAUAAGGAAAUGAGGGCAGAAAGAAUCCUGUGUGUACUGGAGCCUCUAAUUUAUUUGGCUUUGGGGAAAUACUUUCAGGAAUUUUUGUGUGCCUGUGAAGCUCCAUGGAGGAAAGUAUUUGUGUCCUUCUUGUUCUGUCCACCUUGUCUUAUGAUCCAUUUCCUGCUGUGUACAUAAGUUUUUCCCGUGCUGCUUUCUGUGGUUCUACAUCGCACUGUUCUUGGUGUUGUUCAUGUGUAUUAAAUAUAAAAGCGUGAAGAAAAGGAAAAUUAUUUGUAAAUAAAUGCUUCAAAAAUA